AUGAACACUCUCUCUCGGCUCGACACAUACCUCUCCGCAGCGCUGCGGCCCUCGCGGUCCGGUAUCGCCUCUGCCGCUGCGGCCGCCGCGGCACUCUCCUCCGCGCACCACCCUUCCUCUGGGCCGUCCUCGCAGCCGCAGUCUUGCUCUAGCUCGUCUGGCAGCCUGGCCCCGUCCAUCUCACUCACAAAGCCGACGCCCGCACCGAGCCCGACGUCUACACCGCCGCGCGCCCUCCGUCUGCCGCCCGCACGGCGGAGGCGACGACGCCGGCCCACUGGCGCCAGCAUCAAGCUGCCGCCGCCGACCACGCCCGUGCUCGUCCGCAUUGCGCUUGCGUUCUGGAGCAUCCUCUUGUCGUUCUGGCGCUCGCUCGUGGGCGACACACGCGCCGUCCGCACACUGAGGCACAAGCGCGCCGUCCAGGCCAGCGCUGAGAAGCGCGAAGGCGCCCUGGCUAGCAUUGCCGGGCUGCCGGGUCUCAAGGGCCUGUCCGAGUUGACAGGGCUCACGUCCGAGGCGGUGUCGGCGAGCAGCGACGAAGGGUCGGCGUCUGAGGCUGAGCCGAGUGAUCGCGAGUGGGUCGACCCCGUGACGCGUGCGCCCGACACCGGGUCCGGGUCUGGCUCGGGCGUGGAUGACGCGCCCUCGGACUCGGAGUUUGGAGCGCCGCGACCACGCACGCCGACGGCGGCGGUCUCGUUCCGUCUGCGCUCGGCGCAGAACAAGGAGACUGUGACGCUCACGACAUCGAUAGAUGUCCCAGAUGGCGCUGGUAGCGGCGGCGCUUCGGGCCUGCCUGUCGUGGCUUCCCCCAACCCGCUCUCACUCCAGCGCACUCCGCCGGGCAUCCUCACGUCGUCGCCGCCACGCCGGUCUCCGCGCCUCCUGGCCAACCCCAUCGCCACUGCUGUUCUCGACCCCUCCGUCCCCGCCGUCCCGCACAGGAGCGUGACGCCGUCCCACGUUCCCCCGCCCCGCCCACACCAGACACCGUUCCAUCUCCAGAAGACGCUCAUCCUCGACCUGGACGAGACCCUCAUCCACUCGACGUCGCGCCCCAUCGGGUCCGGACACGCUGGAACCGGCAUGCUCGGUCUCGGCUCCCUGGGCCCGUUUGGCGGCAAGCGCAAGCGCCGCGGCGAGGGCCAUACCGUCGAAGUGGUGCUCAACGGCCGGUCCACAACAUACCACGUGUACAAGCGGCCAUAUGUCGACUUUUUCCUCAAAAAGGUCGCGUCCUGGUACACGCUGGUCAUCUUUACGGCCUCGAUGCCAGAGUAUGCCGACCCCGUGAUUGACUGGCUCGACAAUGGCAGGGGCCUCUUUGCCAAACGUCUCUAUCGCGAGAGCUGCCACCUCCAGUCCAACGGGUCCUACAUCAAGGACCUGGCCGAUGUCGAGCCCGAUCUCGGCAAGGUCUGCUUCAUGGACAACUCGCCAAUCUCGUACAGCUGGAACAAGGCCAACGCGCUGCCCAUCGAAGGCUGGACAUCGGACCCCAACGACGAGGCCCUCCUGCAGAGCAUACCCGUGCUUGACAGCCUGCGCUUCGUCACGGACGUACGGCGGAUUCUGGGUAUCAGGGGAUUUGCUUAG